AUGGAAAACGACCCACGAAGAGUACAAGCAGAACAGACUCUGACAAGCAUCAGCACGGCAUUAUCGCAGGAGAAAAACCUUUCAAUUGUUGAUUCUCAGGGCAAUGCGAUAACUGACCCGUGCAAAGCUGUGGAAGGCGACAGUAGUAAUGCUACGUACGAGAUUUCUCUCGAGAAAAUGGAUGAUGUCAUCAUCGGCAUCACCCGUCAGGUCAGCGAUAUGACAUUACAGGAACCAUGCGAAGGACACAUCGUGCCAGGUGCGAAGCCAGCGGUAUUGAUCGCAGAGAAUAGACAGACCAGAGUGAAAGCACGCAAUCUGUCGGCACAGGUGAAAAGACCCGGAUGA